AUGAGGCUGCAAGGGCAAAGGCGAGCUUUUCACAACAGCACACGCUGCCCAGUGAUCAGCAGAUGCAAGAGGAUUCUUCUGCCAGGUACUGCAGUGGGCAGCCCUGCGAUGAGGGCCUGGCUCCUGCGAGGGCAGCUGCCCCUCCUGCUGCUGCUGUGUGGCCUGCAGACACCCAUGGGGAGCACUGAGGUUACGAUUAAAAUCGACAUUGACCUGGCACCAGAUUCCUUUGAUGAUCAGUACCAAGGCUGUAGCAAACAGGUCCUGGAGAAGCUAAAUCAAGGAGAUUAUUUCACAAAGGAACUGGAAGCCCGUAAGAAUUACUCCAGAGUGUGGCAAAAAGCCCACCUAACCUGGCUGAGCCAAGAAAAAGAUGUCCCCAAGGACAUGACAAUUACACAUGCUGUGGUCCUCCUGGUUUACACGUUGAAUAGCAAUGUCGCGGACUUUUCUGAGACCAUGGCCAGUGCUGCUAGGUCUCCACAGCAAUACAAACAAUCAUUCCACUUCAAGUAUCUCCACUACUACCUGACCUCAGCAAUCCAGCUGCUGAGAAAAGAGAUGAUCAUGAAGAAUGGCAGUCUGUGUUACGAGGUGCACCACGGGAUGAAGGAUGUCCACUUUAAAGCCAACAUAGGGGCCACCAUUCGAUUUGGCCAGUUCCUCUCCACCUCCCUCCUAAGAGAAGAGGCACAGAAAUUUGGAAGUCAAACGCUAUUUACCAUAUUCACCUGCCUGGGUGUACCUGUACAAAACUUCUCCCUCAAGAAGGAAGUCUUGAUCCCUCCCUAUGAACUGUUUGAAGUCGUAAACGUGAGCUACCACACAAAGGGAGAUUGGUUACACUUGCGGUCAGCUGGGAACAUGAGCACAUAUAACUGCCAGCUGCUGAAAGCUUCCAGCAAGAAGUGCAUCCCUGUUCCUACAAUUAUUGCUUCUCUCUCCUUUUUGGCCAGCGUUAUCAUCUCUUCCAAAA